AUGAGCCUUCGCACCGCUGGGAAAGCAGGCUCCUGGUACGUGGCGUCUCCCGACGAUCUCGGGAGUGAGCUCGACGAAUACCUAUCCGAUGUUCCAGAAACCGUCGAUGAUUCAACACUUCCGAUACCGGGAGCGAGAAUAAUCAUUGCGCCUCAUGCAGGAUAUACCUUCUCAGGUCCCUGCGCAGCGUGGGCAUACAAAUGCCUAGAUCUCUCCAAGGCUAAACGUGUAUUUGUGCUUGGCCCGUCCCACACAUACUAUCUUGACGGCUGUGCCGUCACCACAUAUAGCAAAUAUGCCACGCCAUUUGGUAACCUCGUCGUGGAUCGUGACAUUAUCCAACGUGUUAAAGAAGCAGCUCAAAUGGACGAUAUUCCGCCAUCGCGAGACUCAGCUGAACACUCUCUGGAAAUGCACCUGCCCUAUCUAUAUAAACGAUGCGAGCAGACCUUCGGAUCACCAGAAAACUUCCCCACCAUUGUGCCCAUACUCAUUGGGGACAAUAAUCGUGAUGAAGAAAAGACCAUCGGGCAGGUGUUAGUACCAUAUCUGAAGGAUGAGGAAAACGCCUUUAUAAUCAGCUCCGACUUCUGCCACUGGGGAGCUCACUUUCAAUACAUGGUUUACUCGCCGGACAAUGAUCCAGCGCAGUUGAUCAACCUCCGCAGGGGAGACAAAGCACCAGCCGGACCGCCGAUUCACGAAACUAUUAGACUUCUGGACAAGGCGGCCAUGGAUGCUGUUGAGAGCGGACACCACGACGUGUUUGUGGAUAACCUCAAGUUGACUAAGAAUACAGUAUGUGGAAGACACCCCAUCGGCGUGGCCAUGGCGGCACUGGAGCUCCUCUCUGGAGAGGUUGCUGAUGCAAGGAAAUGCCGGUUUCGCAUCACUCAAUAUCAGCGGAGCAAUUUGGUUGAGAAGCCCAGUGAUUUCAGUGUGAGCUAUGUGUCGGCCUAUGCUGUUUUGUAA